AUGUGGAUGAUUCGAAUGCGUCGGACACAAGCUUGGGUCGUCAGCGCGGCGACGUCCGUUUUGAUCUUCGGCUCUCUUUAUCUCUUUUUCUUUGCGCAUCGGCGCGGCGGGAAUAUCUAUCGCCUUGUGACGGUGCCAAGACCCGUGGAAAGAACGAACGAGCGCACGCUGGUCGUGGCUAAGACGAAUGAUGCGGACACGACCUGGGUCGAUACGCUCCUGAACGAGGAUGAUCGGUUAUACAGCGCGGUGUACACGGUUGACGCGCCGAACACGACUGAUACUCUGUUCGCCGUGCCGAUGAACAAGGGCCACGAGGUCAUGGUGUAUCUGACAUAUAUCAUCGAUCAUUACUUUCAGCUCCGCGACGUGACGAUCUUUAUGCAUGCGGACCAAAUCUCCUGGCACAACAACGAUCUCAUGAAUAUGGAUUCGGCGCUGAUGGUCCGUCGUCUGCGGAACGACUACGUUUACAAAAAAGGAUACACCAAUUUGCGAUGUCAACACGACCCCGGCUGUCCGGCCCAGAUCCGACCCGCUCUCGCGGGCGGGCCGUAUAACCCGGAUGUGCCCGAAGCAGUGGCCAUCGGAGAGUCUUGGAAGACGCUAUUUCCGGAGGAGCGUAUGCCGGCUGUGCUGGCGCAGCCGUGCUGCAGUCAGUUUGCGGUCAGUGCGGAGGUGAUUCGGCGGGUGCCGCUGAUGAAUUAUGUGGCGUAUCGGAGGUGGUUGAUCGAGACGGAGUUGGACGACAACCUGUCUGGACGGGUGUGGGAGUACUUAUGGCAGUGGAUCUUUACGGGGCAAGCCGAAGUUUGCCCGGAUGAGCGGGUCUGUUAUUGUGAGGGGUAUGGCGUGUGUCUAGGUAGUGAAGAAUACGAGGAGUUCUUUAGGGCUCAGGAGGAGGUGAGAAAUUUACACGCGGAGUUGGAGCAUACCUCACUGGUUGGGAAGGUCAAUUCGAUGCGGAAUAAGUUGGCUGCUUUGCAGCAGAGGAUGGAUGAGAUUAAAGCCACCGCACUCACGAGUCAAUGA